UACGAGAGACCCAGGUCAGCAGGACACUGAUUAUUACCAACAAUGAUGGGAGACCCGAUCCAGUUAAAAGAUGAGGGAAACAAACACUUCCAGGCAGGAGAAACAGACAAGGCUAUUGAGUGCUACACUAAAGCCAUAAAGGCGUGCAAGGACAACAAAGUGCUUGCUGUCAUUUACAGGAACAGAUCUGCAUGCUACCUAAAACAGGAAAGCUAUGCCAAUGCAGCAUCUGAUGCAUCUAAAGCAAUUGAUGUUGAUGCAGCAGAUAUUAAAGCCUUGUACCGGCGUUGCCAAGCUCUGGAGAAACUAGGAAAACUGGACAUGGCCUUCAAAGAUGUGCAGAGAUGUGCCACCAUUGAACCAAAGAAUAAGACCUUCCUGGAGACUCUCCGCAGGCUAGGAGCAGAGAUCCAGGCCAAGCUCAAGACAACAUUCUCCACAGAUUCGAGGGUACAGAACAUGUUUGACAUUCUCCUUGAUGACGAAAUGGAAACGGAAAAGAAGGAAAGAGCUGCCAACAACCUGAUUGUGCUGUCAAGAGAGGAUGCCGGAGCAGAGAGAAUCUUCCAGAAUAACGGAGUGCCUCUGUUGCUCAACAUGAUAGAGUCAGGCAAACGAGAAAUGAUCCUGGCUGCUGUUCGUACUUUGUCAGGAAUGUGCACAGGACACAAAGCACGGGCCAUGGCCAUUAUUCACAUGGUGGGCGUUGAUAAGAUGUGCAGCAUCAUGGCUGUUGACAAUGAGGAGAUCGCACUGGCAACCUGCAACCUCUUCCAGUGCAUCAACGACUCCCUCACUGGUGGAGAUAAAAGAGAAUAUGGGAAAGAAGAGGCCUUGGUUUUGGAUGCAUCUAAAGACCUUAAAACCAUCCUCCUCUCUCUGUUGGAGAUGGUUGCUAGUAAGAAGGUGCCUGGCCAUGGCAGAGACCAGGCACUUAACCUCCUGAGCAGGAACGUACCUCGCGCUAACAAGAAAGAGAAAGACAACUCCAGGAGCCUCUUCACUAUUGACCAUGGUCUGAAGAAGAUCCUGAAGGUGUGUGGUCAGGUUCCCGAACUGCCAGACCAGCUGCCCAUGACAGAGAACACACAGCUUAUUGCCAGCGUGCUUCUCGACAAGCUCUAUGACGACCUCAUGUGUGACCCAGAGAGAAACAACUUCAGGGAUAUUUGUGAUGAAUAUAUCAAAUCCAAAAUUGACCCCAACGACAUGGACAAGACCAUUCAUGCUAUCAACACUAUCUCAGGGCUGCUUCAGGGUCCGUUUGAUGUUGGUAACGCCCUGGUUGGCAGGCAAGGCAUAAUGGAGAUGAUGGUGGCACUUUGUGCCUCCGAACGUGAGGUGGACCAGAUGGUGGCUGUGGAGGCGCUGAUCCAUUCCUCCUCGAAGAUGAGCCGCGCCUCCUUCAUCAUCACCAAUGGGGUGUCACUGCUUAAGGACAUCUACAAGAAGACCAAGAACGAGAAGAUUAAAAUCCGUGCGCUGGUGGGUCUCUGUAAACUGGGUUCAGCUGGAGGGGAUGAUUACGCUUUAAGGCAGUUUGCAGAGGGUUCCACAGAGAAGCUGGCCAAGCAGUGCAGAAAGUGGCUCUGUAAUCCCCAGAUUGAUACAAAAACAAGGAAGUGGGCUAUCGAGGGUCUAGCUUAUCUGACUAAUGAUGCUGACGUGAAAGAUGACUUUGUUGAGGAUGAGCCCGCCCUGAAAGCCAUGUUUGAACUAGCCAAAUCUACAGAUAAGACAAUUAUAUAUGCGGUCGCUUGCACCCUAGUUAACUGCACCAACAGCUAUGAAAAGAAAGAAAUCAUGCCCGAGCUUGUUCAACUUGCCAAGUUCUCAAAGCAGCAUGUGCCUGAGCAGCACCCCAAGGACAAGAAGGACUUUAUUGACAAGAGAGUGAAAAGGCUGCUGAAGGCUGGAAUCACUUCAGCUCUUACUGUCAUGGUGAAAGCUGACAGCACCAUCCUGACCAACCAGACCAAGGAGAUGCUGGCAAGGGUGUUCUUGGCGUUGUCACAGGAUCCCAAAGAUCGUGGUAUAAUUGUAGCCCAGGGUGGGGGAAAGGCUUUGAUUCCACUUGCUCUGGAAGGGACAGAGAUUGGAAAGACGAGGGCCAGCCACGCCCUUGCCAAGAUUGCAGCUAUUUCCAACCCAGAAAUCGCCUUCCCUGGUGAGAGGGUGUAUGAGGUGGUGCGACCUUUAGUUAGCCUCCUUCAAACAGACAAAGACGGUAUGCAGAACUACGAAGCUCUGAAAGGCCUCACCAACUUGGCUGGUUUCAGUGACAAACUAAGAGUAAAGAUUUUGAAAGAGAAAGCUCUGCCAGAGAUCGAGAACUACAUGUUUGAGGACCAUGACCAGAUCAGACAGGCUGCCACUGAAUGCAUGUGCAACCUUGUUACAUGUAAACAGGUCCAAGAGCGUUACCUGGAAGAUGGCAAUGAUAAGCUGAAGCUAAUGAUACUGCUAUGUGGCGAGGAUGACGACAAUCUUCAGAUAGCUGCAGCUGGAGCUCUCGCCAUGCUUACUGCUGCUGAGAAGAAGCUCUGCAAGAAACUGACCCUGGUGACCACCCAGUGGCUGGAGAUCCUGCAGAGGUUGUGUCUCCAUACCAACCCUAAUGUUCAGCAUCGUGGGCUUGUGGUUGUCUUCAACUUGCUCAACUCAGACGACAGUGAGCUGGCCAAGAAGCUGAUCGAGAGCGAGCUGCUGGAAAUCCUCACAGUGAUUGGCAAGGCGGAGGACAAUCCCAGGAGACAGGGGGCCAUCGAUGCAGCACGCACAUGCCUGGUCAAAGCUAUGGAUCUUGGUCUCAUCAAACCGUUCUCUAGCCCUUCUUAAAUUGCUGACAACAAGAAAAACAACAACAAUGGACAUCCUUCUUUAUUUCCUUUUAAACACUUUUUUUCCAAAUGUUUUCCCCUACAUCAAAGAUAUGAAAGUAUUCUCCAACCUGACUUCAAAUCUCUUAAAAUAAUCUCUCACAAUAUAAUAUAUGUUUUUUUGUUUACAUAAGCUGUUUGGAGCUUUUGUAGUAUAAUAAGAAGGGGAAGCAUCUCUUCUUUGUUUUGAGAAGAAGAAAUGUAUUAUUUAUAUUUGUGCUGUUAAUGAAUGUUUAGAGACUGACCAUUUUACAUGUGUUUUUUCCACUGUUAGAAAGAACACAUUUCCAUAAACAGAAAUAUAAGACAGCCCAGCUUGUGACUUGACUCAGCACAUGGUGGAAAUAUUGCUUUGCAGAUGAAUACAUGAAAGGCAAUUGCAUCAUUUUGAUCGUUAUCACCAAAUGCAAAACCUACAGAGUUUGAAAAAAAACAAAAAAUAGGUGAGCUAAGUAAAGUAUUGAUUAAACCCAGUAACAAUAGAAAACUCUGACUGUAAUAAGGGCUACAAAUGGUUUUAAAUUACACAACUUACUUCAGUAACUUGUUUUGCCCUUUUGAAAACUUUUUGUUAAACUCAGUUGCCCACAUAUGUUCCAGACCAACUUCUUGUAAAUUGCAGACAUCUACCAAAAUAAUUUGUGACACAUUUUCUAAAGAACUGCAUCUUGCUUACUGGAACAUACCACCAUUUCCUGUCUUCCUGUCGUCAUCUUUACCCCUCACGGUUUCUUUUAUAAUUCUAUACCUUUAGGGCCUUCUCUGUUAAGCCAGAAUGAAAGGUGUUUUACAGCAUUUAAAUUCACCAUUAAAGCCAGUAAUACCAGUAAUACCAUUAUUUUUGUUUAACUAAGUUUGGACCUUAAUUUUUUGAUGGUGUUAAAAAGACAUCUCUGGCAAACCGUUUCCUAUCUUAUGCUCAAUAUCGUAGCCAACUUCUCAGUUCAGAGAGGUUUUGUAACUCAAAAAUGCAUGCUGGGAUUACAUUGUGUUCAUGCCAUAAUUCAUAGGCUAUAUAACUGUUAUGGUUAAGGUUUUAACUUAGAACUGUUUUGACAAUCAUUGUCGUGGGUGUAUGGGAUUUUGCUGCUGAGGUGAAUCAGAGUGCAGGGUCUCUGCAAGGAAGACUUCUGAUGGAAAAAUGCACGUGACAGUUGGUCACUUCUCAUUGUACCUUCAAGUUACUGUAAAUUACGUAACUCGUGUAAUCAUGUGAAGGCCUAAAUUGACUCAAAUACGGUAGAUCAUUGACUCUGUGUGUAUGUUAAAACUGCUCAUAAUGAUUGCACUUAUAAUUACAGAUAGGCCUAUAACACAUUGUAAUUGUAGUUUUAGAUAGGGAAGUAAAAGUUUUUUUUUUCA